GUGUAUGACUUGGAUUUCACGGAGCCCCGUUGGCUUCUCAACUGUUACCAUACAAUCGGUGUAAUUUCGUUAAUCCUAAACAUUUUCGGUGUCUAUGUGUUAGUAUUCAAACUGCGGGAUCUUGGAAAUUUCCGAUAGUUUCUACUCCUUUUUCAGAUAGUAUGCCUUAUAACAGACUUCAACCUCACAAUCUUGAUGCAAAUCUCCGUGGUCUACCCACUAAACUCAAUAGCAUCAUAUGGUCUAAUGUCGAAUUGGUUCGGAAUGCCAGCUCACUACUGCUGGCUAGUGCAUGGGGUUUGCGCAUUUUCUGAGACGGAAUCCUUGAUCCUUUGCUUUUACAAGAAACACCAAGUUUUUGCGAAUGUUCUGAACGUUCAUGUUUUUCCAAAGUGUACCAUUACAUUGUGUUGCGUGUUGGCUCUUGUGUUUCCGGCUUUACCGUGUAUGGGUCUUCAGUUUACGUGGGCGGAGCCAAACAUGCAAAUGGAUUAUAUUGAUAAGAACCUUCACGAAUACUACAGCGGGUUUAAAAAUGUUCCCAACUUUGCAAUUUACAUAGCUUCACCAAUUCUUCAAAUUGCAUACGUCGUCACAGCGUUGGAGAUGUUCUCUUGUUUCCUGGCACUCGUUUUCUUUAAUCUCGACCUGGUCCGCAUGAUGGUUCGUGUGAAGGAACAAAUUUCGCAGCACAACUACGAAAAGCAUCAGGAAGCUAUUCGAAGUCUCCUGGUUCAAACAGGUGUUUCAUGCCUUUGUACGUUGCCUUGCAGCGCUCUUGUUCUCAGUGUGGCGUUGGAUCUUCGCAAGGCGCAGUUUAUCAGCAAUGUCAUGCUUGCCGCGUUUUCGUGUCACUCGUCGCUCAAUAUGGUAUCGCUAUUCAUCUUCUCCCCGCCAUAUCGAAGAUGUUUGGCCAUGAUGCUCGGAAUAAAACCGAGGAGAAAUGCUCAAGUCGAUGUUUCUUCGGGGGUGCGGACAAUUUAA